UAAAGAAAAUUUCUCGUAUAAUAAAUAUUUGGUCUAGUGAUCAAGUCUUAUUAUUGUCUAAAACCAAGAAGAAGAAAAUAGAUCUUUGUUUUUUAUAAAGGGUUUCUGUUAAAUCAAGCAAACAUACAAGCUCUGACUUUGUUUUCCUACAGUUCUUAGGAGGUAGACAUAUAAUUAAGCAAAAGCUUAAUCUAGUUUUGUAGAAGUUAUCAAAAGCUUAGAAACAAAGGAAAAGAAAAAUAGAGAUUUUAAAAUCUUGAGCUAAUGAGCAAUAUCAAAAUAAAUCUGCGAUCUAGGUGAAGUAUUGGAAGGAACAUUGGUUAGUUGAGUUGAGGACCUUGAAUAAAGCGUGUUUUGAAGACUGCAAAUUUAAUAGGGUUGUUACCAACCUUAUAUUAAAUAUGCCUACCGUUCAAAUAAGACUUCAUGAUAGUUGGUCAAAUAAGAAUUAUCAUCUUGUGAAACCAAUGUGAAGAAGAAUUAUAAGAAAAUAACCAAAAUAUAUUAAAAAUAAAAUUUUAAUUUACUAGGCCAUAAUAUGGAUUUCACACUUUUGUCUAAAUAAAUCUUUAUCGACAUGCAUUUUGAAUGAUGACUUAAUGCGAUGUAAUUUUGUGUGUUUAUUUAUAACUUCCAACGUUGGUUGUUUAUACCAAAAACAAAUUGCAAAUUUCUUUGUAAAAUAUAAAAAUUAAUACACAAAAUGUUAGAUUACCAAAAAACGUUAUCGCAUCAAGAUUGGAAAAAAAUCAACUUAAAGACAAAAGACCAACUACAGUUACAGAGAUCAACUUCCAAUCUUGAGUUUUGUUUUAUGGCAAUCUCUUCCAAUCUUGAUUUUUUUUUCUCUUUGGAUAUUCAUGUUAUUUGCUACAUUUAACAAAUAGACUUGGACUUUUGGUUUAGCAAAUUUCUCUCCACAUAAUUUGUUUUCUUUGUCACAUGUUUACACAAAAAAAAAUUCUUUAAUUGAAAACAACUUGGAGCUUGGUUCGAUUUUGGGUCUUAAGAAAAAAAUGGUUAGUCUAUAAAUAUCAUCAUCAUACACAUGUUUUUGAUGUGGAUGUGUACAAUUUCAGCACUUGAUCGACAAAGUAGAUUGGAAGGUAUUGUGUUUAUCUUCAGGAGUCUUUCUGCUAUGAGUAUUAUCUUAUAGAUUUCAAUAAAUAAAUACAAAAUAAUCUGAACCUCAUGGACCCAAAAUCAAUUCUGAAUUCAUCAUUUAUAACAUGAUUUUCUUAUAUUAAAAACUGAUUGUAUAACGCGCUCCAACCUUCUCAAACUCUUUAGCUACCCAUUCAUUUAUUUAGAAUUGUGAUAUUUAUCUUCCAUAGACGUUUUUAUUUAUCUUUGAAAAUAUGGUCGGCUAGGUAAAAGAACUAGGUUAACAAGUCAAAAGCUUGGAAAAACUUUUGUUAUGAAUAUUUCCCGUGAAGCUUUCAUCAUAUUGAACAUAUGCAUAUGUGAAAUAUUUUGAGAGGAACAUAUAGUUUAUUUAUGCUUUCAUGUUAUGAAAACUAUUAUGAUUUUUUCAUAAUCAUUGUUAUUUGCUUGCAUUAUCUGUAUAACUAAAUAGCCAAUUAUAAACGUUUUAAGUGAUGUAAUGCUAUGUAUCUUAAACAGACGUAGUUUGUCAUGUCCUCCAAACUAGCUUGAUUAUAAUAUGUUUGACAUUAACAUACAUAAACACAGCUUCCACUAAGUUAAACAAACCCAUAACAACCAAUAAUUAAGGGUUCAAGUGCCAUGUAGAUCCAAAAUAAAGUUAGGCAUAAAACCUUUAAUUAAGCUAUAGUUGUCCAGUGCACAAAUUUUUUUUAUAGUUGUCCAGCCUCCUAAGAACAUAAUAGCAUAUACCAUAAAGAUAUAAACUCUUAGCUAAUGAAUCUCUUUUCAUUGGGGAUAAUAUAGAUGCGUGAAAAACACAUUAACAAACAAAACAAUUAAGGAUACUAAUCAAAUGGUUCUGGAAAUUCAAGAAUUUAUGAUAAUUUUCAGGCUAUUUGUUCCAUCCUAAAUUAUGUUUUCCAUGUACAAAACUGAGAUAUAGCAAUGCAGUAGGUUUGAAGGUUAAAUGCAGUAGCAUGCACCUUAUAAGAGAAAAAUCCAAACCUGAAUGAAAUAACACUUUCAACAUGUUCUUCAUAUAGUAUAAGCAAAGAAUCAAAACAGUUCUGCAAAAAGUUAAUAGAAUGACACUAAAAAUGGUAAAAAAGUGGAAGACACGCGCCAAAGUAAGCGUCGGUCGAAUCUAAUGAUCUUAACUCUCAACUGAGAAACAAAAAUAUAAAAGAAUCUUCUGAUGUCUCUCUUCAAGUCUUUGCCUCAAAAUCAAGAACUCGCUCUCCUUGUUCAUCAUCCCUUCUCAGAGAUUGCGUCACCUCUUGAUGUUUAAACUUCAUCUUCACCUUAUGGGCUAGAAAGUGAUGAUCUCAUUUGAAUAACUUGCCAUUUAUAGCCAGAGACUUUCUAUUUUGAGUGUUAUAAGUAUGAGAGAUGAAGAAGAAGAGCUUCCGUCGCCGGAGGAGCUCAUACCGUUAUCUCAGUCUCUCAUCACUCCCCAUCUCGCCAUCGCCUUCGACCUCCGAAGCACUUACCACCGCAAAAACGGCAGUUCCGGCCACCCUCUGCCUCAAACCACGCCGAUACAAGCCAACUCCUCCGCCGGAGAUGAACCAGCCCGGACACUGAAACGGCCGCGUUUAGUAUGGACGCCGCAGCUGCACAAGCGUUUCGUAGACGCCGUGGCGCAUAUCGGGAUCAAGAACGCUGUUCCCAAAACCAUCAUGCAGCUUAUGAGCGUCGAGGGGCUAACCAGAGAGAACGUCGCUAGUCAUCUCCAAAAGUACCGACUUUACCUCAAGAGGAUGCAGUCCGGCGGAGGAAACGUCGGUGAGUCUGAUCGCCUCUUCGCGAGCUCACCUGUUCCUGCACAUUUCCUCCACCCGACAGGGAGACAAAGCUCCGACCAUUUCAUACCGUCUUUUGUCCCAAUGGCGGCUACUCUUACGCAUCAGCAGUUCCUCCACCGGCAAACACCCGCCGUGAAUUUCACCUCUCAGGCGAACAACAACGGGAAAGUGAUGGAACAAUCGUUGUUCUUGGCUAGGCAGAGUCAGCAUCAACCUGUUCUCAUCAGACCAUCUUCAUUGCAUCUACAAAGUCGAGUGGCUAAUUACGCAGAGGAUUUGGAAUCAGGAGCCAAGACGGUCUUGACACUGUUUCCAACUCGACAAGAUUGAAUUAAAAAAACAAUUAUAAGAUUGGAACAUUCCACAAAAUUAUACUUCAACCUUUGUUUGUCUCUGUUUGUGCAAUGUAGAUCCGGUCAGCACAACAAGGCUAUGUGACUGGAUAUUUCAUGGUUAUGUAUUUGACUAUUUUCUGUUUCAAAGUAUCUUUCAUGUAUAAGAUUUGAGUUUGGAUGAAAAGAUUCACUUGAUUAAAAGUACUUUACUCUGUUUCUUUCUUUUGUUUGUGUGUUUUUGCUUAUGGGUUUAGAUUUGUCUCCUAAAAGUUGUUUGUAGCUUUGAACCGAAUAUUUCAUAAAAGAAAUUGCAUUCUCUUUCUACUUGUGAAAUUCAAGAAUAUGAUACUUACCAAAUUCAUAUUGUAUGUUUGCAUAGCAAACCAAAAAAUGUAUCUAAUAUAUAAAAUAUAUAUAUUGAUUGACCAAACCAUUGAUUGAAUCAUAGUACAUUGUACAUAGAACAUGAAGCAGCCAAAAAGCAAAGACUAGACAGUGCCAGGCAUACCAAGAUCCGGUGCUCUCAUAUCCUAAUCAUACCCUCUUUAUUUUAGUUACUUUUUAUUUCUGUACAUAGAAUCGGUUAUGGGGACCAAACCCAAUCAAGAUUUCUCUAUUAACUAUGUAUUAUAUAAUUAGAGAUGAAAAAAGGAAACUAUAGGUUAUUCAUUGGAUAGAAGAGGAUCAAUUAAAAGCAAUGAUGCAGAGGAUUCAUUAGCUGCCAUGUUCUGAUCUGCUUCUAUAAAAGUCAAUGCCCCCUGUAAAAGUCUUCAUAAUUAUUACUUUAUUUUUGGUAGAAAAAGUUAAAUGGCAUAAUAACAAACACAUUUUUAAUUAUUAAUAAAUCUGUAAAUAGUUGAAUAAAAUUUUAGCUCUAAGAUUCCCUUUGGUAGAUUUAAUUUGAAUAGAUGAAACAGAGCAAACUGCCACUUAGAAAUGAAAGCUUUCAGAUGGGAUUUUGAUGCAAAAGCUUGAUAAUGUUAAUAUAAUUUGUAACAACAGAGUAAAAAUGUCUUGUGCGGCCAAUGUUUUCAACAAGAGCAGAAGAAAAAAACUAAGACUACAUCCUAAUAUAAAAGCA